AUGAAUCUCAACUUCCGUCUCUGCGACUACACCCCGGCAACUACUGAACCAGACAGCUCGAAUGGUUGCGGUGUUUACACCGAUAAUGGAACAUGCUCAAUCAUCUUCCAGGACGGUACGGUCAGUUUGGAGGUCAAGUCUCCAUCUGCACCGGGCACUUGGCUUUUCGUGCUCUGCGGAUGGUGCACCUUGAUUCUCACUGGUGGAAGCAUCUAUGCCGCUCGUCACCGUGUGUGUCGCGUUUUGAGUCCCAUAGGUAGUGCCGAGAAGCAGUUUUCUUCGGAGAUCGUGAAUGGAAAGGUCGCCGUUGAAUGGUUCAAGGAGUUUAUGGGCAAACGUCGGAGAUGGACAGAAGGGAAUGAGGAAUUGGAUAAGAGGAUACGGAGGUGA